GCCAGCCGCAGCAGCAGUCGUCGCACUGUCUCACGAAUUCUUCUUCCACGUUGAUGAUUGGAUGAAUGUUUGGAUCAGAGGGAGGACGGUGAUAAGCGACGCCGAAGCUCGCUAGCACACCGAUCAGCGACACAGAGUUGUCAGUGUGUGUUCGGGCGUCCUGCUGACCUCCACGCCGCACACCUCAACACAUUGAAGAUACUAUCGUCGGCAUGUGGAGACUUUGUCUAUUGCUUGCUACAGCGGCCUUGGCGCCAGUCGCGAAAGGUGGCGUGCUGUAUCCCAGAGAAUCCGAGUCCAGGGAGGUGAAGUCUCUAGAUGGCCUCUGGAACUUCAAGCUGGACGCAGACGAAAUAGGCUACGCUGAAGAAUGGUACGGAGAUGAUCUCACCAAGACAGGAGAUGUGCUAACGAUGCCGGUGCCGGCCAGCUACAACGACGUGACCACAAUGAAGGAGGUGCGCGACCACGUGGGGCUGGUCUGGUACGACAGGAACUUCUUCGUACCACGCUCAUGGGAUGGCGCAGACACACGCAUAUGGCUGCGCUUUGGUAGCGUCUGCUACUCUGCUGAAGUGUGGGUGAAUGGUAACAGAGUGGUGGCACAUGAUUUUGGUCAUCUUCCAUUCCAAUCUGAGGUCACAACUCUGCUGAAUUAUGGAGCAAGCAAUCGAAUAACAGUUGCAGUGAGCAAUCUGCUUAACAUCACAACUAUUCCACAAGGCUAUUUCCAAACAUUGGCAACCGAAAAUGGUAACAGGACAUACCAGACUUACACGUUCGACUUCUUCAAUUAUGCGGGCAUUGACCGGUCAGUUUAUCUCUACACUACCCCUGAGGUGUUUAUUGAUGACAUCACUGUUACAACAGAAUACUCUGGUGAUGGGACAGGUACUGUGCAGUACAAUGUGACAUUUGAUGGGCAAGCUGAUGACCUGCCUUCUUGUUCUGUAUCCCUUUUGGAUGCAGAAGGUCUAUCUGUAGCCACAGGUACAGGCUUUGCAGGAGAACUGACUGUCACAAAUGCCAAAGCAUGGUGGCCGUACCUCAUGGAUCCCAAUCCUGGCUAUCUCUACACUCUUGAGGUUCAUGUGAAUUCCUCAGAGAGGGGAACAGAUGAUGUAUACAGGCUACCUGUGGGAAUACGGCAGCUCUUCUGGGACAACUCAUCAUUUCUUAUCAAUGGCAAACCUAUUUACAUAAGAGGUUUUGGUAGACAUGAAGAUUCUGAUAUUCGUGGUAAAGGUAUUGAUCUCCCUUUGUUUACUCGUGACCAUGAUUUGCUGAAAUGGGUGGGAGCAAAUUCUUAUAGGACAUCACAUUAUCCUUAUGCAGAAGAACUCAUGGACUUUGCAGAUAAGGAAGGCUUAAUCAUUAUUGAUGAGUGUGCUGCAGUAAAUAUUGAAAACUAUUCUGAUGAGCUGCUUGAAAAUCACAAGCGCUCCCUGACAGAAUUAAUAAACAGAGAUAAGAAUCGGCCAAGUGCUAUCAUUUGGUCUGUGGCCAAUGAGCCACGCUCGUAUCUAGAUGGAACAGAGGAUUACUACAGAGAAAUUAUCAGCCACGUAAAAAGUCUUGAUACAACUCGUCCAACUACCAUUGCUCAGCAGCAAAACUGGGAGAACGAUCGUUCUAGUCAGUUUUUGGACAUCAUUGGAGUUAACCGUUACCUUGGAUGGUAUGAGAAUGGAGGACUUACAGAGACCAUUCUGCCACAAUUAGUGAUGGAAAUAGGCAACUGGAGGACAAAGUAUAACAAGCCAAUAAUAAUAACUGAAUAUGGAGCAGAUACCAUGGAGGGGCUGCAUUUGUUACCUGAUUACAUAUGGUCAGAAGAAUACCAAGAAGUUAUGUUUUCUGAGUUCUUCAAGGCUUUUGACAGACUCAGAGAAACAGGAUAUUUUGUUGGAGAGAUGAUAUGGAAUUUCGCUGAUUUCAAGACUGCUCAAACAUACACACGAGUUGGUGGAAACAAGAAAGGAAUUUUCACAAGAGCACGUCAGCCAAAGAUGGCAGCAUAUAUGGUGAGAGAGCGCUACUGGUCCCUUGCAAGAGAAGAUUACAAUGUAACACUUCCUGAAGAUCUUGGCCUAUAUGUCUGCAGUACAUGCCAAAACUAGAUGCCACUUUCCACAUCACAGUCUAUACCUGCAUCCAUAUUUAUAGUAAUUCAGUUUAUGCUUUUCUGUGUUUUAUUUACUAAAGCAGUUAUAAAAUGACACCAUCUAUCUGAAAAUAAAACUUUUACAUGUAA